AGGGACCACUCUGUUCCUCAAAGGUCCCACAUGGGCACAGAGAUCUAGUUUCAGAGCCCCCCUCCCACUUCUUAUAAAGUUGCUGCUGUAGCAGCUGCAGCUUCACACAACAGGAGUCCUCCGCCAGCAAAACAACACGUAGCAGCAGGUGGGUCUGUUUAAGAGGCACUUAUGGAGUUUGAUCAGUUUGGGUUGGAGGAGGAUGAAGAUGCAGCCACUCAGUUCAUGAUUGAGCAAAGUCUGUUGGAGAUCGGCAAACUGAGGGGAACCUGCAGAGAGACUUCAGAUGACAGCAUUGAUCUCAUUUCUAAAAGCAUACAGAAGAUCUUCUUGGCUAUAAGACAAGGUAAUGAGAAGCUGCUGAAGGAUCAGAGCAUCAAACAGAGAGACAGGUUCCUGCAGACAGACAGCAGAGGCUGGACUCCCCUCCAUGAAGCUGCAGCUCAGACCAACCAGACUAUCCUGGAGCUCACAUUCAGAGCUUCAGGACCCGACUGUCUGGAGCGUCGCACCUCUGGUGGUCAAACAGUGCUCUGCGUGGCUGUAGAGGAGGGCCUGAUGGAAAACGCCGCCUUUCUCCUUCAGCAAGGAGCUCAGCCAGACUGCCUGGACCAAGACCAGGACUCCCCGCUGUUUACAGCCAUCCGCUUAGGCCGCGCUGACCUUGUGAAGCUGCUGCUCUCCCGGGGCUCCAGCGUGAACCGGGAAGGCUGCCAUGGCCGCCGCCCACUCCACGAGGCAGCGAAGCUGGGGAACCUGGGCCUGGUGGAGCUGCUGCUGGGGGCCGGGGCGCAGCCGGAUCCACGCAGCCACUAUGGCCUGACACCACUGGCUCUGGCUGCACAGGGGGGGCACCGGGAGGUGGUGGAGGCUCUGCUGCUUAAAGGUGCAGACGUCUUCUCUCAGGCCAAAGAUGAAUCCUCCAUCCUAUAUGAAGCCUCUUCUUCGGGGGAUCCGGGGGUCAUUCGUCUGCUGCUGGACCGCGGCGCUGAUGCCAAUGUCCCUAUCCACUCAGGACACAUGCCGAUCCACCGGAUCUCUCACAGAGGUCACCUGCAAGCGCUGAGGAUGAUAAUCCCCGCCACCUCCAUGGCAGACGUGAGCGACAGCGGCAUCAGUCCUCUCCACUCAGCUGCAGCGGGGGGGCACACCGACUGCAUCAAGACCCUGCUGGAUGCCGGAUACGACCCCAACUACAUGCUCCAUCCCCAGAUUCGCCGAAGCUACGACGAUGAGAGGAAAUCCGCUCUCUUCUUUGCCGUCUCAAACAACGACACGGCGUCAGUGCAGCUGCUGCUGGAGGCUGGAGCCAUGCCUAACCAGGACCCCAUCAAAUGUCUGCAGGUCGCUCUGCGUUUGGGAAACUACGACCUUAUCAAAAUGUUGUUGAGUUAUGGAGCCAACGUCAACUACUUCUGCAGAGUCAACACGACGCAUUUCCCUUCAGCGCUGCAGUACGCCUUCAAAGACGAGGUGAUACUAAGGAUGCUGUGUAGCUAUGGUUACGACGUGGAGCGAUGCUUUGACUGUCCCUAUGGCGAUGGCUCCCACAUCCCAGAGGACUACGAGGGAUGGUCCAGCACUGUCAUUAAAGACACCAUGUUCUGUGAGGUGAUCACUGUAUGCUGGCUGAAGCACCUGUCGGGUCAUGUAGUGCGCAUUCUCCUGGACUACGUGGAUCACGUGACCCUGUGCUCCAAAAUGAAGGCGGUUCUGUCAGAGCAGAGGGAGUGGCCUGACAUCUGCAGACUCCAAGGUCAGCUCUGGUGCAGAACCAGCAAACUUCCUGUAAAAGUCUUUGAUGAGAACCUAACUUCCGCCAGGUGUCUUUCAGAGAACCCCCGUGCGCUGCAGCAUCUCUGCCGCUUGCAGAUCCGCAGACGCCUCGGCCGACUGCGCCUGCGCUCCUUCACCUUCAUGAGUUUCUUGCCGCUGCCGCAGCGCCUGAAGGAUUACAUCCUGUACCGGGAGUACGAGCUGGGGGCCCCACAGAGGAGCGCGCUGGGCUGAGGGCCUCCUGACCCCCCCAGUGAGAAUGAGGAGGUCUGCAGAAUGAGGCUUUACCGCUCUGAUGUUCUGAGGCAGUGACAUGCAGUGAGGUUCCUGGCCAGUUCACGGUCAGAUUUACAGACAUAUGAACUCUACAUAUAGCACCUGAUUCACCAUUUGAGUGACAACAGUUAGUGUUGUUUAAAAUUUAA